UGACGGCAUCAACGUGCGACGUUGUGCGCAACAGGAUGGCGGCGGGUCGGUUACCGGCCGGUGUGUUGGGCUUUAAAGAGUUCAUGCAUCGUAAAAACAUCCUGAAUUUGUACAGGAAGAUUUUAAAGGCUAUUAACCAGAUUCCAAAUGAAGGAGAUAAGCAGUACCUUAAAAAUUGGGCCAGACAAGAAUUCAAACAGAACAAAAAUGCGACAGAUCAAAAUAUACAUCAAACAUUGAAGACACAAGAGACUGCAGUUGCUGUAAUCUGGAGCAAAAAGCAAGCUGCUGGAGGAACUCGGCAGGUUAGGCAGCAUCUGUGGAGGAUACAAUACGAAUGAUGGUUACCCAUGGAAAUCUACAACUGCAAGAGCUAGAGAAAAUGCUUCAAUUAGCGAAAUGAAAGGAAGAACUUUUGAAAUGGCUUAAGCUGAAAUUUUACAUUACUCAUGGUUCUGUUCAGGCCUGUAUGGGAUACGCACUUCUGGCCCUAAUGAAAUUUUUUAACAAACUGACAGUGGUAACUUUAAUCUUCAGUGAAACAACCAUUUGGAAUGGCUUGGUAUCAGUUUGCUGGGUGUGGAAUUUUAUGUACUCAGGAAAAUAUCUGUAGUUUGCAAGACUUUGAGACAAAUAUAUGAAGAAAUACAUCAGACUAACUUUUGGAAGUUUCACACUGCUUGUUUUGGAAAUGGGUGUUGUUAAACAUGCUUUUGAUCACAGUUAAAUACAGAUGAUUAUCAGGUGGAAAUGUUCACUAAAUUACUCAGAGGGUUAUAUAUUAACAGAAGUCUUUGACCUGAAGGGGAAAUUAAUACUAGUAAAUGAUUGCACAAAUCUGGUACAUGAUUCUGUCAUACUAGAUAAUAUUUACGAGCUGCAACAUAGAGCAGUGUGUUUCAGGCAUACCUUUUGUGUAACUUGCAUUGAUUCUAAAGAGGUUGUUUCAGUGCAGUCCUCGUAUGGUUUCUGUUUUCAUUGCCUCUUGAACAUGAUAACUGCACAUGAAAAUAUUAUUGUACAGAAUGUUGGUGUUUUUAAAUAGAUACGUUAUUUGAUCUUCCCAGCCAUGGCUCUUGUGCAUUUUGUAGCAUGUGCUUAAUUAUAUAGUCCCAGCAUCUGAAGUCUCCUAUGUCUCCAGCUAUAAGGGAGGUAUGGUUUUUUAGAAAUGAAAAAAUGUAGUUAUGUAUAUUUUGUGAAGUCAUUACACAGAUGUACAUUUGUGUAUAAUGGCAAUCAGGUCUUUAUGCAUGCAAUGAAGUCCGGUCUUCCUUCAGAUUUCAGCCUUGAGGUUUGGCUGGUUCACAGAUGUUAAGGCCCUUGCAAAUGUCAUGGUGGUCUAGUAAAGUUUGGUCUUCACCACUUAUGCAACUUAGAGGGGGAUUGUUAUCACACUCUAGUUUGUGGCUCCUGCCUUAACUUGUUUCAGGGAUGGUUCAGGUUUACAUUGGAGGUGCUUGGGUUAUUUUGGCUUUGAGGAGUAGCUUCCUUACUGUCUGUUAUUUCCUGAAUUCCAGAGAUCACUCUUUCAGAUAAUCAAAUGUGUGUUGAAAAGUGGUAUGUUGGUUUCUACUGAUUUGAUAUCCAUGGGCUGAGGUUGGUUGGAGGCUUCCUAGGUACAUUAUGAAAUCACAGAGACUGGUUAUCAGAAGGGGAGUAUCAGAGUUUUUAGUGAAGUUUGCCACACUAGCUGCACAGUUGCCUCAGUUAGUUUACCCAUUCUGCUUGGUUUCUGGUCCCAGAGUAUUCCAGUUCCAUUCACACACUCAAGUUGAGGCCAACCCUGUGGGUCCUCCUUCCUGAUUCUGUCACUGACAGUCUUUGGGCUGUAAACUUCCCCAGCUUACCAUUCCCCAGGUCCACUAUCAGCACCCGAUGGCGACACGAGAGACUGCAGAUGCUGGAAAUCUGGAGCAACGAACACAAAAAGCUGGAGGAACUCAGCAGGUCAGGCAGCAUCUAUGGAGGGAAAUGAACAGUCGAUGUCUCAUUCCCACACUGGCAUGUCUGUCCACGGCCUCCUCUACUGCCACAUUGUGGCCAGACACAGGUUGGAGGAGCAACACCUCAUAUUCCGUCUUGGUAAUCUCCAACCUGCUGGCAUCAACAUCGAUUUCUCUAACUUCCGGUAACC